CGGGACUUGUAUGCUUUUGUGUUCCCAAGCGAGCACCUUCAAAGUAUUUUAAUUGGGUAAUUUUGGAAGCAAGAAUAUAGUGGUCUAAAAAGUCCUAUCUUAAAGCUUGGUGGAAGUUGUUUGGCUUUAUGUUGAAGCUUCUCAGGCUUAUGUAACUUCGUUUUUUAAGCCUAGUUCGCUAGCCAAGACACGUUAACGUAUUUCGAUUGCUUUUUUUUUUUUUUUUUUUUUUGCCUCUUCCGAUUUGUACAUUUUGAUUUGAGGGACAGGGGGGGUCGCUCGGUUAACAUUAGAGCGAUCACAUUUAAUUGUGUGAGACGCUUUUUUGACUUGUCUUUAAAGAUGCUACGGACUGAAGGGCAACGCAAUCCCAAACAUCAAGUCAAAGAGCAGCGACGUGGAAGAUGAGGUUAGGAAAUCCAUGCCAUGACGAGCAACUGUAAAACAAAAGAAAAUGACGUGUCCCUCAGACGUCACUGUAGAAGACCUUUACCCUGAGAAACACGAUCCCCUCCACGUUAAACAGGAGGAGGAGUCGAAGAUGCCGUACAUAAAACAGGAGGCGGAGCCACAGACCUCCUACAUUAAAGAAGAACAGGAAGAUGAAAUCCCUAAGUUUCCAAUGACUGUUAGUGUGAAGAGUGAAGAAGAUGAAGGUCGAAGCGAAGUGAGCGGAACAUGGACUCUUUCGAGCGACGGCUCAUGUCAUCAUGUGAAACCAAAAGACAUCACCAAAGACGAUCUUCACCCGAAGAAGCACAAUCCCCCCCAUGUUAUACAGGAGUCGGAGAUGCCGUAUAUCAAACAGGAGGCGGUGCCAGAGACCUAUAGCAUUAAAGAAGAAAAAAAGGAAGAGGAAAUCUCCAACUUUCCAAUAAGUGUCAUUGUGAAGAGUGAGGAAAAAGGCCGAAGCGAAGAGAGCGGAGCAGCGAAACCUUUGAGCCUCAGCUCAUUUCAACACCUGACAACCAAAGGAGAGGGACGAUCGCAACCUGACGCCUCGUUAACUUCGCUCCCGGACAGCGACGACAUAACAUCACACUCUUCUGACUUUAACACCGAUGAGGAGGAUAAUGACUUUGAGCAAAAUACUUCAAAAUCCUCAAACAAGUCAUCAUUGAAAACGGACACAAACGCGGUUGGGAAACCUUUUACCUGCUCACUUUGUGAUAAAACAUACUCUUGGAAACAUCACUUAAAAAGACACAUGCAUACACACACCAGGGAGAAGCCUUUCGCCUGCUCAUUUUGCGAUAAAAGAUUUUCUCAGCUAAAGUGUCACAGGUGCACACAGACUGGAGAAAAGCCAUUUGUCUGCACAUGUUGUGGUGAAAGAUUCAUCGAGAAGAGAGAAUUAAACCAACACAUAAGAACACACACUGGAAAGAAGCCUUUUGACUGUUCAAUUUGCAAUAAACAAUUUUUUACAAGGAAAGAUUUAACAAGACACACGCGUACACACACGGGAGAAAAGCCUUUUGUCUGCACAACUUGUGGUAAACGAUUCUCUGAGAAGGGAAGUUUGAAAAAACACACAAAGACACACACUGGGGAGAAGCCUUUUGUCUGUACGAUUUGUGGCAAAAGAUUCGUUGACGGAAGAAAUUUUAACCUACACACAAGAACACACACUGGGGAAAAGCCUUUCGCCUGCUCAUUUUGCGAUGAAAGAUUUUGCGAAAAGCGUCAGUUAACGAGACACGAACGUACACACACUGGAGAAAAACCUUUUUGCUGCACAGUUUGUGGUAAGCACUUUGGAGAGAAAGGCGAGUUAAUCAGGCAUACAAGAACACACACUGGAGAGAAGCCUUUUGCCUGCGCACUUUGCGAUAAAAGAUUUUCUUGGAAGCAUAAGUUAACAAAACACUCAAUCAUACACAGUGGAGAGAAGCCUUUUCCCUGCUCAGUUUGUGGUGAAAGAUUCACCCGGAAGGGAGAAUUAAAGGGUCACGCAAGAACCCACACUGGGGAGAAAUACUUCACUUGCGUUGUUUGUGGUAAAACCUUCUCCUCAAAGAGCAACCUAGCAAGACACACAAAAACGCACAAUGCGGAGACACUUUUCGCCUGCGAGGUUUGUGGUGAAAGAUUCACUCAGAAGGGACAUUUAGAAUCACACACAAGCCAUACUGGAUAAAAUCUUUCAAAUGUAGGUGUGUAACAAAAUAUUUAUAUUUGUGCCACACAUUGACAGUGGAAAAAAAUUCCAAACUUAAUUUGAAUGGUUUCAGGGAUGAUGUCUUUAUUGUUUUGUGCAUUGUCAUUUUAUGAAAUUUGCUCAAUCCACUGUACAUUUUGAUUAUGACAUUGUUUUUCCAUUUUCAAUUGUGAACUCAUUUUGAAAGCUCUUCUCAGUUCUAUAAAUAUGGGUAGUGUAUACCAGGACGCUUUGUAUUGCAUUAACUGUCAUAUUUCAACACAAUUGGAUGACUACAGGAGUAACUCUACAUACAAAUGUCUCUCCAAACAUAAUUUUUAGGCUACAACACGCAUCAACAGGAAAAUUUUGCCUCUUGUCACAAAAGAAAUUUCAGGAAGAUUAGUAGAACUACAAGUAGUCACAGAGCUACAAACGAGUUCCGAUCCUACGGUGAUGACGUAGCCAGAAUUUCCGUCUAACUCUGAAUUAACCCUUUAAGCACCCCUAAAUUUCAAACUAUUCAACUGGUUUGUUUGAAAGUACUGUACAGUGAGCCCUCACUACUCCGGACUUCAAACUUCGUACCCUCAGUCCAUCGCAGAUAUUUUCAAUUAAAAAAAACAACAGAUGAGCUGUCCCGAGCCAAUCGCGUAGUCUCACUCUCCCUGCUCUUUGUUGUUCAGGCAAUGCAUUAGAGUUGCUUAUCAAAGUUAACGACAAUUGAUUGAGGUCUUCUGUUUGAUCUUGCCACAAAUCGCAGGAAUCCUCAGCAUCAAAGCGCCGCAUGCUUCAAUCAUCGUUUAACUUGUUAAACACUUGCUGUGGCAACUCGUGUGUAAGUGAGGAGACGGAGAGGAGUAGAGUGAACUCAAUGUAGCAUUUAAUAAAGACAAGCAUUUUUAUACUUUGUUUAAUAAUAAUUCGGUGGGACAGUAACAUGUAUAAAACUUUAUACUAUAACUAUAAUUGUUAAAUUUAAUGAGCCCAAAACACAGUGUCAUCAAUAAAAUUAACUUACAAUAUAUAUAUGUGUAUAUCCAUUUUGACACUGUUCGUGUUCAAUCCUCGGCUCAAGCUCAGUUGUUGAAGCGUACGUAUAAAGAAAUUCUAAAUAUUUAUCUUGCCUCCUUUGGUAUAGUUUUGGCUAAACAAAGCCUAGGACCACCUCAAAGGUGCUCGUAACACGAUCUGUUUGAAGAAUUUUGACCUAUUAUGAAAUACUUUGUGGGAUUCUUGUUCAUUUCAAUUAUUAUUUUUAUUGCUUUAUGACUUUUACAGACAACAUUUCAACGGCUAGGUCUUUAUUUUAAGAGGGGAGUUCAGGAUUUUUAACAUUAGGUUUAAUAUUCGCGUUGGCGGGGGUUAAUUAAUCUGUGGAGUUGAUUUCAACAAAUCGUCAGUUAUUUGUUUGCUUCAGGGCUCCAGAGUGGCUAAACUACCACAAGUCAGUGGUGCGUGCUUAAGCCUAAUGUCAAAAAUUCGGACCUUCCCCUUUAAAUUAAUUUAUAGGGCAUUAAUUGGGUAUCUUCAUUUCGAAGGAGUCCAAGCUGAGACUUUCUUCUAAUUUUGUCCCGAUCAUUAAAAAAAACAAACCAAUGGUUUUAAAGAAACUUAUCAUUAAGAGGACGUAUCCUACUCUCUAAGGCAGAAGGGUUGUCCAGGACGAUUUAUGCUGUUUCUCUUUAUGUAGAUUUUAAAACGUGUAAGGAUGUUGACCGAGUACUGUUUGACUUCAUUUGUAAAAACCGAACUCAUUACAUCCAAAAAAAAAAAAAAGUACUGAUGAAUAGGGAUGGGGUUUGAGAAUAUUUUUACGAUUCCAUUAUCGAUAUUGCUUAACGAUUCGAUUCUUUAUCGAUUCUCUUAUCGAUUUUAAUUGGGACUAAUGGACUGUAUGAGGUUCUGGGUUCAAUAUGUUUUAUGGUUCAUUCGCCUCGGGGUGUCCGUUAGAACAUGAGGAGCGGAGAGUGGAGUUGGUCUUUGGCACUUUUAAUCCAACUUUGUAACAGGCACAACUAUAUACAGGCAAUGGCACUUGAUAUGAGAAUUAAUAGCCGCGUUUACAUGCUGACUUUUUUUCAUACCGAUUCAAAUCAUUCCGAAUGGAUAUUUCACAUCAGCUGUUUACAUGUCACUUCAUCUAUUCCGAUCCAGCGUUUACAUGUGUCUGCCUUUAUUCCGAAAGGACGUUUGACAACUGCCGUCUGACAUGCGCAGAUUAAUCAAAACAACGUGUCACGUUGCAAAACAUGGAGAUCGAUCGUCAGAUCAGCUGCUGUUUUAACUUUUCGAGUGGAAACAAAACUUCAGAAUGAUACGCCGUUCAUUUAAAAAGUUGUGUGGGUGCGCUGUGCGUGUGCUUGGAAGCCAUGUUGCAAGUGACAUUACUUACGUCACCACGUCAGUACGGAGCAUGUGCAGAAAGAACGCAACCAGACACCAUUCCGCUUCCCUGUUUACGUGAUAUAAUUUUACUUGGUUUGGGAAAAGGAAUAUUCCACCCUUGUGAAUCGGAAUGAAAUUCCAUUCGGUUUGGGCCUGUUCAUUCCGAAUGAGGUGUUUAUAUGGAACACAUUUAUUCGGUUUGAACAAAUAUUCCGAUUGUAAUUGGAAUAUUUGGCUCCAUGUAAACGUGGCAAUUGAGCAAAUGAGAGCAUGCAUGGAAAGAUGUUGAUGUAUUUAUAUGUGUGUAGAAGAAGACUGGAAUGUGUGGUUCUGAAAGGAAAUAAAAUGACAUCAUAUUAGUGCUGAUUCAAUAAACAAUUCAAAUUGACUGUAAAGCAGUCAAUAACACAUGACGCGAGUGCGCACGCACAACUUGGAAGCACGCUGCGUGCACGUACCGUCAUCUUGCCCAUAAUGGUGGAGAAAACUAAGCACUUUACACUAGUGAUGCACGAUAAUGCAUUUUUCAGCCGAUACCGAUAACCGAUAAUUUCCUCCUCGUUCCAACCGAUAACCGAUAAUGUCAAGCCGAUAAUUCUAUUAAAAGAUUUAUGUAAAAUUUUAAGGUAUACACAAAAGAAAAUAUCACUGUGCAAAAAUAUAAUUUGUUGCUCUUUUUCAACAUAAAAUA